GAAAAUUUGCUUUUAUAGAGAUACCAUACGCUAUCGAGGCUCGAUUUUUUUAAUCGUAACUAACUUCAGCCAGUAUACCAGAGUUUUUUUUCUUAUACGUGUCUGUGUGUGUGCCAAAAUGUCGAAACAAAAGACACCUGAAGUGAAUUUAGCAAAUCUUUACCACGAACUGAACAAGUUUGCUCAAAAUGCUGAUUACAGUAAUCCCAGGGCACUGAACGUCGCGAAUAAGAUAUUAAAAGCUAAUCGUGGAGAUGAGACUGCUUUCCAGUGCAAGAUCAUUUGUUUGAUUCAUCAAACUCAGUUUCAGAUUGCUCUCAAAGAAAUAGUCAACAACCCUAAUGUAGCCAGUGGUUUGUCCUUUGAGAAGGCUUACUGCCAGUAUCGACUAAACAAGAUUCCAGAAGCUUUAUCAACCAUCAGAAAUGUUUCUGACCCAAGCCCAAAGCUCCAGGAGUUGCUCGGCCAAGUGCUUUACAGGUUAGAGCAAUACAGUGAGUGUGUCAACGUGUACAAAAACUUGAUCAAAAAUACAUCAGAUGAUUAUGAAGAAGAAAGACAGACCAAUCUAUCAGCCGUCAUUGCUGGCCUUAAACUAUGGGAGAAUAAAGAUGUGGAUGAUCCAGGAUUGGAGGAUGAAACUUGGGAGCUUAGUUUCAAUCGAGCAUGUUUGCUGAUUGGUCAAGGGAAUUACCCAGAAGCCCUUGCACAGUUAGUCCAGGCUGAAAAGCUUUGCCGAGAGAUGAUGGAGGAGGAUGAUGAUGUUGAAGCUGAGCUUGGAGUAAUCUAUGUUCAAAGAGCUUAUGUGUUACAGCUACAAGGCAUGAAUGAUGAAGCUCUCAAACUAUAUAAUCAAGUUGUGAAAGCGAGGCCUUCAGAUAUUGGGCUAAUGGCAGUGGCUUCUGCUAACAUUAUCUCACUAAACAAAGAUCAAAAUGUAUUUGAUUCCAAGAAGAAGGUUAAGGCUACCAUGGUUUCUGGUCUGGAGAACAAACUGACCAAAGGUCAAAAGUCACUCAUGUCAUACAAUAGGUUCCUUCUUCUACUCUACACUAAUCAGUUUGAGCAGUGUCGCAAGCUGCUUUCCACCAUGAAAUCAGAUGACUAUGGAGAAGAGAUGCUGUGUCUUCUUCAGGCUAGUCUCUUCUGUCGUCAGAAACAGAUUCCUAAAGCCGUCCAGGUUAUUCAGGACUUUGUUAGUUCUCAUGAUAAUGUUGGCUUGCCUACCCAACUGACUGUAGCCCAGCUGUUUUUGCUUCAAGGAAAUAUUUCCAAAGCUUGUGAUGUUCUUCAGUCUCUUGAUGGCAGUAGUCACAGACCUGCUAUCGUCUCAACACUGGUGGCGCUUUAUGUUGGUAUGGAGAAUGGGGAAUCUGCCAUUGGUGUACUGGACGAAGCUGUUAACUGGUGCAAGCAAUAUGGGGGCCCUCAGAAUGAGUUGAAUAUUCUUCUUCGUGAGAAUACAGCUUUCAAAUUGAAGAGAGGUCAGUCCCAGGCAGCCACUUCCAUGUUAGAAGAUCUAAGAAGGUCUAACCCAGGAGAUAUCAAAACCCUAGCUCAGCUUAUAUCAGCCUACUCCAAGUUUGACCCCAAAAGAGCACAAGAACUAAGUAAGGAGUUACCAUCAGUAGCUCAGCUCUCUGCUGAUGUAGAUGUAGAUGUAUUAGAGAAUACUCCUCUAACACUAAGCACUAGACAGCUGAAGAAAGGAGGAAAGACUGAUGGAGAAAAGACUGGUACUGUAACAUCAGUUGAAGAGAUGAAGAAGAAAAGAAAACGAAAGAGAAAACCCCAGCUGCCCAAGAAUUUUGACUCCUCCGUAGCACCGGACCCUGAGCGAUGGUUACCGAUGAGAGAAAGGUCAUACUUCAAAGGAAAGAGACGACGAGAUAAGAAGGGAGGAGUAGGCAAAGGAACACAGGGAGCAACAACAGGCAGUGGAGAUAUGGAUGCCAGCAAGCCAACCAGUGUACCUAACUCACCCCGCCCUGGAUCACAGACAAGUAGCAAUACAGCCUCCCCCUCACCAGCUAACCCCACCCCCAGGCAACAGAAACCAGCCUCAGCUGCUGCUAAGAAGAACAAAGCAAAGAAGAAGAGGGGAGGAAAAUGGUAGAAUGUGAUAGAGGGAAUGAUGAUCACGGGAAAAGGAUUCAGGAAACAUUGAGGAGGGGGGCAAUAUUCAAUCUUUAUUCUUUGAAACACCUGUUCAGAACACCCUAUAUCAAAUAUUGUAGUUAAUUGUGAGGUGAUGAAACAGAUCAAAAAGUACUGCAGAGACAAAACAAAUUGAUACAACUUAGCCAAUGAAAGUUACAUUCUUUGCUGUUUAUGACCUUUCUUUGUAAAUCAUGCCGAAGUUUGAUUACUUUAUAAUGUCUUUGCAUUUUGUUUUAACUCUUCUGUGUACAAACACAACAGGGAAUAAAUAUAGUUCUCAAAUUUGAUAAGGAGUUUUCAUCAAUGGGAACAUACUAAAAAAAAUCUAUACAGUCCUAUGAAAAAACCCUGCUCCAAAACACAUUUAUGUAGCAGUUAUUUUGAAAAUACUUAGAAAAUUAUUCCCUACACAAUAAAGAAAUAACAAAUUCUAAGUUCAUUAGUUGUUUAUAAAAUUAUACAUUCUGGUUCCAGGUUAUAACACAUUGUGUUUUCUAUUACUCAUAAAAAAUAAAAACCUGCAACCAAAUGCUUCUUUUACUGCAAUUAAGUGAGUUCCUUUUUAUCAGCGUGGAAAACCACUCUUAAUAAUUGACUCACCUAAUCUCCCUGUAGAAAUGUAUUAUUUAUUUGAUAUAUGUACAAAUACCCAACUUAUGUUUUUAAUUCAUUACAUGACCAAUAUAGUUUUAAUUCUUCCAUUGUUUAGAGCCCCCAAAUUGGCUAUCUAUUUUUUAAAAUGUACAAUAAUUUUUAUUGUAAUACCCUCAAUGUGCAAUUCAGCAUAAAUCAAGACAGUAUUUAUGCUGAAAUUUAGCUUUUAGUAAUAAAAUGUCACUUAUUGAUGAUAAGAUCAAAAGAAAGCUUGAUUUUACAAUUCCCUUGACUUACAUGAUUUUGAUGAAGGGUUAAAAUCAGACAGAUAAAAUAUUAAAAUUUCAUCAAAUCUUGAAAAGGGAUAACAUAGUUAUGAUGUUAAAAUUUUUUAAUUUUUUUCAGUGAAAAAUACUUGGCACGUCCUCAUGAAUAUGCAAUGAGGAAGAUGGUGAUGUCAAUCUUUCCAAUUAGUUUUAUUUUAAAUUUUAUUCCAUGAAGUUAUUUGUAUUCAAACUUUACUCCUACAUUGUAAAACAGAAUUGAUCUAUGAUUUAAUGUGUAAAAUCAUCACUAAACUGGAACAUUUUUUUACAUGUGAGACGUGUUUUCUACAUACAAUAUGUAUGUCUGUAUGUCUGAAAAUAUGAAAUAAUUCAGAUAUCAUGUAAUAACAGCAUUGUUUUCUUACCUGAAAAUAAUCCAACACAGAGGGGUUCAUGGCCCAGCACACAAAGAGUUAAAAAAAGGGAGAGUGGUUAAGUGAUAAUGGGCCCCCUAUUGGGGAAUUCAUUAGUAAUGGUUGACAUUUGUAUAGCCGAGCUGAGAUAUAUGCCCUCACUGAAACUAUAAAUUGUUAUGACUUGUGUCUGCCAUGGAUAGUUUUUACACAAAUGGUUAUAUUCACAAUGUAAUUAUUUUUAGGUCAGCUAAGAUAUGGGAAGAUAAUCAUAACAUACAUAUCCUUUUUCAUAGAAACAUUGUAAAAACAAUGUUAAAAACACUUCUUUUAUUUCUUAUGUUUAGUUAACACACAAAUGAUUAUACAUGAAUGUAUAUUGCUUUCUCAUGUGCUCUAAUGUAGGACCUUUGAUGUACUCUCUUAACAUUCCAGCAUGCUUCUCUUUAAUGCAUGGUGCUUAUAGCUCUUAAAACAUAUCUUCUUCAUAUCAAAAUUAUAUCCCAUCCAUGCCUGAAAGAUUUUAUGGUCUUAUGACAGUUAAAAGAGAGAAUGUUUGAAGUUAUGAGAUAUUCUAUAUGAUUAUUUAGAAUUUAUUAUUGGCAAACUCAAUAAGAGACAUAAAACUGCUUCUCUCAAAGACAAGUAGAGGUGACAGUUAUACAUGUAUUAAAAUAUUGUCAUUCAUUACAGUUAA